AUGGCUGACAAAGUCAACCUCGAGGACUUCUUCAAGAGUGAAGCCUAUGCCAACUCCUUCAAACGCGGAGAGAUGAUCACCCGCCCAUUCGCUGAACUUCUGGUUGACCAGAGCAAGGUGAUCUCCGAGUCCAAGGCCAAUCCUGAUCAGCCUCUAGUGAUCCUUGACAAUGCCUGCGGCACUGGUAUUAUUUCUAGCAUCCUCAAUGACAAGGUUGGCGACAUUGUCAAGGAGAAGUGGAAGUUGACCUCCGGAGACAUCUCGUCGGCAAUCAUCGAGUACACUAAGCUCCGUAUACAACAAGAGGACUGGAAAAAUACGGAGACAAAGAUCCUGGAUGCGCAGAAGCCUGACCUACCUAGUGCUCAAUUCACUCACAUAUUCACUGCUUUCGCCUAUAUGGCACUCCACGAGUCCGUUAAAGCUCUCAAUGAAACUGCCCGAAUGCUGCAACCCGGCGGAACUAUUGCUUUCUCAACCUGGAUUGAGCCCGGCUGGAUAGCCAUCGCCCGAGCAGCGAUUAAAAGUAUGCCAGGAAACCUAUGUUUUCCUGAGACCCGAGAGCUCAUGGCGGUCAUGACUGAAGGGCAAUGGGACUCAAAGUCUUGGAUCGAGUCCCAACUUGAGCAGCUUGGGUUUCAGGACAUUGAUGUACGCCCAGCAACAAUAAAAUUGACCCUCGCCUCCCAUGUCUUCGUGGAUAUGAGCAUGUUGAUGGUUCCCGUGAUGGUUAACUCCUUCUGGACUGAGAAGCAGCGGGAGGAAAACAAGGACAAGGUUCGUCCGGCGCUAGAGAAGUACGUGGAAGACGUUUACGGAUCUGGGAACAUCGAUACUGAAUGGGUGGCAAUUCUGUCCACUGCGCGCAAGCCAUGCUAG